CGGACCUAUAGUGAUUUACUUGCAUAUAUAUACGUAUACACACAAGAACUUCAUGACAAGGAAAAUAUGCUAUUUAUUAUAAAGAAAAACAACAGAAGAUGGUAGUGAUGUGGGUAAAGGCUGAGAGAGUGUUAAAGGGAGGGUUAAAUCCUCCUCUACCAGUAAGAUAUUUGUUGACAACUGGCUGUGGCGGAGGUCAGGACCACAACACAGUAGCAGUACAAAUUCCUAGUUUGGGUAAUAAGGGAAUGGAGAGACGAAUCAAAUUGAGGACUUUAAACGAGCACAUUGUAUGUGCAAUCUGCUCCGGGUACCUGGUUGAUGCCACUACCGUCACAGAAUGUCUCCACACCUUUUGCAAGUCAUGUCUCGUAAAACACCUAGAGGAGCGCAACACCUGUCCAACAUGCGAUAUUGUCAUUCAUCAAUCACAUCCUUUAAACUACAUUUCAUUUGACCGCACCAUGCAAGAUAUUGUGUGCAAGCUUGUACCUAUGCUGCAAGAAGAUGAACUGAAGCGUGAACGAGACUUUUACCGUGCCAGGGGUGAGGUUUGUCCAAAGGAUCUACCCCAGGCAAAUGAGGAAGAACUUCAGCAGGAUGACAAGGCCGUUAAUGAUACUGACUACCACAGACUGGAUGAACAGGUCAACAUCUGCUUGGAGUGUAAAUAUCCAACAUUGGCUCCUCUUAAAAGAAGAUUUAUUCGCUGCUCAGCACAAGCUACCAUUACACACCUUAAGAAGUUCCUGGCACUUAAAGUGCUUGAGGGACCACAGAAAUACAGAGAGAUUGACAUUAUGUGUAAUGAUGAAAUGUUAGGCAAGGACCACACUCUCAAAUUUGUUCAGGUAACCCGGUGGCGGUUUCGCAGUCCACCAUUGAAGCUCUGUUACAGACCCAGAAUUGACAUUUAAGUUUUUUAAUCUUGACGUCAUUAGGAUUAGAGUCAUAGAGAUGGUAGUUGAUGACAUGUGAGGAAUAUAAUACAAUACACGUAUAAUGGGGAACUCAGGGUUGUGGGAUGGAGAAUGUUUUCAAGAGGUGGAUCUCACGUAGGGGAAAUUUGGAAUGGAGUUUCUGGUUUAGUUUUGGUAAGUGAUAUUUUCUGGGUUUUUCUUUUUUUUUGUAGACUUGUCAUGAGGUGCAUUGAUUUUUAAAAAUAGUUACAAAUUAAGAAUAUUAUAUUUGAUACCUAACAGUUUUUAUGUAAGAUACAUAAUAGUAUUUGAUGACAUGAGUAAUGAUAACAUGAUUGCUAUGAAUUUUAUGUAUGACAGACAUCAGAUCCAUUAUUUGGUGCAAUUUGUGGAUAAAAAAUAGUUAGAGCACUAUGGAGGCUGAUGUGUUGUUUAACUUCUACUAUGGAAUUAUUGACGACAAACAGUGUUGUAUGAUUUUUGGUUAAGUUAGUCAUUAUGUUUUUAAAAUAUAAUAAACAGGACUACAGUACAGUUCAUUUCCAUUAUUAUUUAUCUCGUGAAGUGUUAACUAAUUGUUUUAAUAUAUUUACAAAGACAGUACUGUACUACAGUACUUUGAUAGAGUUCUUAAUAUAAUACACAGUACUUUCAGUUCUCAAUAUAAUAUACUGUACAGUACUUUCAGUUCCACUUUGUGAUUGUUAUGUAUCUCAUAAUUUUAAAAUAUAUGUCUCUCAACAGGAGAUAAUUAUGAAGAUUAUAUUUGACUUCUCAGCAUUAUCAUGUACUAAUGCUCUUGUUCAAAAUUGAUUUAUUAUUUAUUCCCACAAAUUUACAGUCUGAUUUGGUGUGGCAGUGUCCACUGUCUAUAAAGUUCUUGGCUUCCAUGAUGCCUGAUGUUGAGGUGGGUGGCUGGGAGAAAAUUUAAGCUGAAUGAUGGCAAAACCGAGAUUAUCAUCAUCCAAGGAAUAUACGUAAGAGGGGAGACGGCACCGAUGAUUUUGGCUCGUUAAACUUUGGGGAAGUGCAACUAAGUCCUGUUGAUUCUGUUCAUAAUCUUGGAGUGCACUUUGACUCAGAACUGAAUUUUAAAGAUCAUAUUAAUUCACUAGUUAAGUGUUGCAACUUUCAUAUAUGAAAUCUAUAUGCUGUGAAACAGUUUUUGGAUAGACUGUCUUGUGACACUAUUACAUUCACUUAUUUUGUCUCAGGUUGACUAUUGUAACUCUUCAUGGGUCUGCCUUCCUAGUUAUCUGUUGAAAACAUUUCAAACAGUGUUGAACAAGGCUGCCAGGCUUAUUUUUGCCUUCACACCGAGGACACCCACUACCCCAUUCUUGAUCGAAUAACAUUGGCUUCCAAUUAAAGCUGGGAUAGAGUUCAAACUCUGUCUAAUGAUUUUUAAAACACUUAAGUUUGGCGAGUAAGUGUUUGGCGAACCUACUAAUUCCUCUAACUACACAUUCUGAAAUGAUUUUGCAUUGUAUUGAUGUUCCUUCAUGCCUUGAGGAGCCUAGAGCAGUACGGGAAUGUUCUUUUGCUGCCCGAUCCUUUUCCUAUACAGCACCCAGAUUGUACAGUCGGUUGUCUGCAUACAUGAAGCGGCUGACUUUUGUGGAAGCCUUUAAAGAAACAACUAUUUUUGAAAGCUUAUGACCCUGAACAGGGUACAGUGAUGGAGAGUUAUAAGGUCUAGGGAGUAUUAAAACUUAAGGGUAUAUGAAUGAUAGAAGUCGAACUGUCACGUUUUGUAGUGUUUCGAGCUCUAGUGAAUUCUUUAGAAAAACUGGCGCUUUUGAGAAACAAAAGACCAGCUAUUAAUAUUAUUAUUAUUAUUAUUAUUAUUGUUAGACAGGUUCUUUUAGAUGUUUGGAGAAUGAAACUCCUGGGGAAAUUUUGGUCAUAAAAAUUCCCUUUUGACAGUUUUUUUUUUUUUUUAGUACAUACUGUACUAGGAUUAUGCCCCUUAGGCUUACAAUAAAAAUAUAUUUAAAGUCAUGAUAACCAUAAAGGCUUGGUGCUGUGUGCAAGGAUCUACUCCAUUAUAACUUUAUAUAUUACAAAAGUUGAAUCCUCAGUCACAACAGAAAACACUUCAGUACUUUUUCAUGUCUUUUCAACUGGUCGUCCAUCAUCAAGCUGCCUUAUGGCUCUUGAGAUUAUGCUAGACUUCCUAUUUCUGUAAAGGCAUUUCUGCUGGUCUCAGGAAAGGCUUGAUAUGCAUUUUCCGUCAUAAUAACCAGACAACAGUACCGCCACAAGCGCACCCAAACAAUGGCACGAAAAACCUAAACGUCAUGUGGUCCACUAUACUCUAAGGGUUAAUGCACUGCAUAUCUUCCAACAUAAUAAAUGGUCUGCUAAGCCAUAGUUUUUAAUUAAACUGUUCUCUCGGGGAAGCCUUUACUUUAUAUGUUGUGGGGUGGUUGAAAUCAAGAGUAACACAGAUUCUACCCUCAUUUAUGGUCAUUUGUUCCAUCUUACUGCCUUGCCAUGCAUAAAAGUUUGAUUGUGAAAACUUAGAGUCAUGCAUGUAGCAUAUCAUUCGUUACGUGAGUUUAAAUGCAUACCAUGGUAGGUUUCCAUUUUUGUUAGAAAUAAACAUUGAUCCAUCAAACAUUGAAAUUUUCACUGCUAUAUUUUUGACAUUAUCAUCAUCCUUUAAAAUGGUCACUUUACACUGAAGACCACCACCAUCAUUAUCAUCACCAUCCUUUACUAUGGGUACUUAACAAGUUUACAUUAUUAUCAUUCCCAUACUUUUGCAAUGUGUAAAUUGAAGACAGCACUGUCAUAAUUGUGAUCAUGAUUUUAUUAUGCUUGCUUUACAGUAAAGACAGCACUACCGAA